AUGUUCACUGUCUGCUUGUUGUUCCUUGGAAUUGGAAACAAACACUGCUACGAAGGAACUGGGUCGAGAGUCUGUGGUUGUGACAGUCGCCAGUGGGAGAAGGUCCUCCAGGGUCCCCAUCAGACAUGGGAGCGGUUCUGGACGUGUGCGAGUGCCAGCAGGGCAGCUCCUCUGCCCCCGGGGGCUGAGGCUGAGCACAGACGAUGCGUUUACGAUGGAGUGCAAACAGUAAACUCUGUUUCCUGCUCUCCCUGACUCUCUGCGCCUCUCUUCUGCUCCUGAUGGGACUCCAGCAGUGGGGACCCUCGGAUCUGCAGCUCUCUCGAUCCCUGCAGCCCUUCAGACAGACCCCCCGUACCCUUGGAAAUGGAACCGUGGACAGAAGCCUCUUUAAACAGGAGAAACGAAGCGAAGCCGCUUCAGCGGGGAGCUCCAUCGCUGACUCCAGCAGCGCAUUUAAAAGGGAGGACAGCCGCCACCAAGUUGCAAAAUCGGACAAAGUUCUCCGGACUUACAUCAAAGCGAAAGGGCUGCAGGGUUUUGCGAAGAACUCGACAGUGAAAGAUCAGCGAGGUCCCGGACCCUGGGAGAAAGCUGCAGCGCUCCCGUGGGACAUCGCACCGCACAGCAGGCAUAACAUGCAACUCAGUGAUAUUUUUAUUGCGGUAAAAACUACUCGGAAGUAUCACAAAGCCCGAUUGGAUCUGCUUUAUCAGACCUGGAUAUCACUAGUAAAAGAACAGACAUUCAUAUUCACAGAUGGAGAGGACAAAGAGUUGCAAGCAAAGGCUGCUGUCUUGGGAGUUCAUUUGAAAGGAGAUCGCAUGAUUAAUACCAAUUGCUCUGCUGCACAUACACGUCAAGCGCUUUGUUGUAAGAUGUCUGUGGAGUAUGACAAAUUCAUUGAAUCCAAAAAAAAAUGGUUUUGCCAUGUUGACGAUGACAAUUAUGUAAAUAUUCGCAGUUUAGUCUACUUAUUAUCCGCAUACUCGCACACUCAAGAUGUUUAUAUUGGUAGACCAAGUCUUGAUCAUCCAGUGGAGGCUGCAGAGCGGGUGAAGAGUGAUGGGUCGACGACUGUGAAGUUCUGGUUUGCCACAGGAGGAGCUGGGUUCUGUAUCAGCCGUGGAUUGGCACUAAAGAUGAGUCCAUGGGCCAGUUUUGGAAACUUUAUUAGCACAGCAGAGAAGAUCCGCCUUCCUGAUGAUUGUACAAUUGGCUAUAUCAUUGAAGGUCUACUAGAAGUGAAGAUGAUUCACAGUGAUCUGUUCCACUCGCACCUAGAGAACCUGCAGCAAAUCCCACCAACUAUUAUCCCCAGACAGGUCACCUUAAGUUAUGGAAGUUUAGAAAUGAAGCGGAAUGUACUGAGAGUCCAAGGGCCUUUCACUUUGGCAGAUGAUCCCUCAAGGUUCAAGUCUAUACAUUGUCUCCUCUACCACGAUGCCUGGUGUCCUGUCAAAGACAGUUUAACCUCAACGUUACCUUUUAAUGGGAGAUUUCAAAUUCAUUUUCCCAACAUUGCAAUUAUUCUGUAGCAUUAAUGCUGUUAU